CGGCCGCGCUGAGGGACGGAGCGGGUCAGCGGGAGCCACGGCCAGCGGCGUCGCGGGGCACGGGCUGCCGGCGGCCGCAGCUGCUUUUUUGAAGUGCGAUGUUUCAAAAUGUUACAGAAGCAAAAAAGUUUAUUGGUAAAUCCCUUCAGCCAGCACGACCUGUGCACCAACUGUCUUCUAAACAAGCAUCACCCAUUGCAUUAAACAUUCGGACUGAAUUACCCAGCAGCACUGAAGUAUGUUUGCAGAGUAAGGUUAACUGGUCAUCUGAAAUGACUGAAGUGAAGAUCUUAACUCAAACUGUGAUGCUCUGUCAACCAAAACAACAUGAAUCAGGAGCAAAAAAAGAAAGGAUCCAAUACAGCAGAGAUUUCCUUCUGAAGCUUUCAAAUGUUUCUCUCUCUCAGAAGAAACCAGAGUUUCUUCCUGAUCACCCAAUUGUACUUGAAAAGCCAGUAAAGAACAAACCUUUCAUUGACAUCUGCAAGAAGUGACAUGUUUGGAAGAUCCAAGGUCCAUCAAUGAGGGAACUACAUUUGAUGUAGGUCUUCCAGGUUUUUGAAGGUACUUGGGUGCCUGCAGAUGGAAGUACGACCCUGUGAAACGUAGGAAAAUGCCUGUUUCUUCUUGUAAUUGCCUGAAUGCUUUAAGAGACAAAACUUUAAUUUGUAAUGCCUGAAAUGGUAAUAUGAUUAAAGUGAAAAUAAAUAAUUUUACAUAUUGGUGUGGCAGAAUUUUGUCAUUGAAUUGUUUGUGUUAUGUAGCUAUAUAUUUUGUUUGAUCAUAAAUUCUAAAUAAAUACUUGACUGGGA